AUGGAACACACACUACGAGAGAAUAUAUACAGUCUAGAACAUCCGAUUCUUAUCGAUGAUAUUCACCCGCCAAAUUCCAACCCUCUGGAUCAUAUUCUCUAUUCCUGCAGCAAUUGGGUCACUCAUUUGUGUGAAAUAUAUGGCACCACAGACAAUCAAUUUUCCCUAAGUGGCCUCGAGAAGAAAAUCUUGUCCUUCUUGAAGAAUCACUUUCUCCACUGGCUUGAGGCGCUGAGUUUAACGCGGAAUCUUUCGAGUACCAUUGGUCAUGUUAAACAACUUCAUAAAUUGCUAAAGAAACGUUCUGUAAAAGACGAGCUUCAAGAGUUCAUUUAUGAUGCUAGCCGAUUCAUGCAAUAUCACGCCGAGAUUAUGAAGAGUGCCCCGAUGCAAAUAUAUGCAUCUGCACUUCUGUUCAGCCCUACGAAAAGUUUAGUACGGACUCAGUUCAAGGGCACGCUUUCCUCUUGGAUAACAUCCACUCCUGCACAAGAGAACCAUUGGAGUCCGCUUCUGCAGACAAUCGAGGCCGAUUGGCCAAGAGUUGCUUCCAGUGGCACGAAUCUCUUGAUUUUACGUUCCAAAACAAAAAAUGUUGAAAUUAGGGAUAUGAUUUCAGGACAGCGAGUCCAAGAACUCGAGCACGCAGAAGAGGUUAUGCGAGCGGUAUUUUCCGAUUCGAAGCAUGCGCUGACAGUCACACGGAAUCGGAUUCAAAUAUGGAACUUGGAUUCAAAUGCCGUGAUCCACGAAGUCUGUGGGCCGGAUUCUGGAUACGGCUUGGUUUCAAAUGAUGGAAAGUUGACUGCUUGGAAGACACACCAAGGCGUUCAAGUGUGCGACGUGGCCAACGAUAUGAGUUUAACAAAAACCGACCAGUCCAUAAUGCCGGCGAAGUGGUCAAAUAACUCCAGGUUCUUGGCAGUCGGGAGUCAUACAAUGGAAGUAUUUGAGGUGGCUGACGGUACAUUGGAAAGGAAGAUGUCGAUAUUUGAUAAUUAUUACGAACCAGAAGAAAAUGGCUACUACUGUUUCAGCUUCUCACACGACUCUAAGCUUAUAGCGACUCGUCAUGCUCAGCGAAAAGGCAUCGAAAUUUGGGACUUGGCUACAGAAGAAAAGACUCAGACUAUCGAGCACGGCGAUUUAUGGAAGGUCAAGGUUGUGGAAUUUUCGAAAGACUCUAGGCUCAUUGCAGUGGGCUAUGGUGAGGCCCAAGAUUCUCAACCUCAAUGCCUUGUUCGCGUGUGGGAUGUAGCCACUGGCCAGAGGCAACAUGAACUGCACUGGCACCAGGGCCGCAGUUUCAUCGGACUGGCGUGGUCCGAGGAUGCAAAAAACCUGGUUGUCGCGUUCCAGCACGGCAGCGUUGAAAUCUAUGAUCUAACUGAAUAUACUGAUUGGGAAUUCGACACUGAUUCUAAAGCCCCUCCCAACGAAAUCACGUUUUCAACAGACUUCAACCUCGUCUCAGCAGUCAGCCUCGGGUCGUGCAUCCGAAUAUGGGAUGCGAAAACUGGCCGCAAGAUGAGUACGCUCCAGAAACCUCGUAAAGGCGGCCCCCCAGAAUGGGAUUUUCACAACGCGCGAUUCUCUCGAGAUUCCAAAUACGUCCAUCUUUACGACGUUUUCGAGCUUAACUUUGGAGUGUGGGAUAUUGCCUCUGGUAGUGUAACUUCACUUUCUCAUACAAUCCCAAGAGAAAUCCUAAUGCAGAGAGCAUGGUCCGCUGACGGAAGAUAUAUUGCAUCCUGGCCCGGGACCUACGAAGUAGGAGCAUAUGAGGUGACGGUAUGGAAUGCCACCGCGGAUAAAAUAACUCUGCAUUCGACAUUCCAUCACGAGAGAGGGGGUGUAUCUCGUCUGGCAUUUUCUAACAAUGCAGAGUAUCUUGUCACAUUGUCUAAGCAAAAUAGUGUUACGGUAUACCGCUUAUCGACAGGCGAGGAAGUAUGGAUGGAUAAGGCUCCAGAUUGGGUAGCAGCUUGGGCAGAUGAAAAUGAAGAGGACCGAUGUGGAACUUGUGAAUCUGACCGUUUCUACUUUGAAACAUAUAGUUAUUCUCCGUCAAUUGCGGUCUCUGACGAUAGUCAGAAGGUGCUUUUCACGGAACCUCAGCGUCACAGAUUGUGGAUAGUGUCAAAUGGGGGACCAAAGGUAAAGUUGCAGAUAUGCUGUCGAUUUUUCCUGCCCUCUUUUGACAUCGAGUCGCCGUAUAUUCUCACGCAACAUGGGCGCAUAAACCUUGACAAUUUCAUCGCCCAGGCAGAGAAAUUCAUCGGUUCCGAAAUUGCUUACGACUACCAACACAUGACUGAAGGAUAUGGUAUUAGUUCUGAUCAGGCAUGGUUAACUUGGAAUGGGAAAAACAUUCUAUGGUUGCCACCUGACUAUCGGCCGGCACUUGAGAGAGCCAUAUCCCGCAACUGCAUUGCUAUGGGAGCCGAGAGUUCACAUCAAGUCAACAUCUUCAGCUUCACUGGCCCCCCCUCCUUUUUAACCCAAGGCACUAUGCUGGAGCAAAUCUAG